GGAACCUGAAGUCUUCGCUCGUUGGGUUAACAUCACUUCCCCACCGCCUGGAAAGCAAACACGCUUCUGAAAGCUGCGGAGGACGAGAGGAGAGUUGACGGCUCGAGAGGAGCUUGAGUAAUAGCAGUGUGACGGGAUAAAGAGGAUAAGGCUCUCUCCACAGAGGCAGGGCUUCUUAUUAUCUUUUUUCAAACUCAUCAUAUCUACUGCAGGAUCAACUGACGGGGGAAAAGUGUCAUGGCUGCAUAUGGACAGACUCAGUACAGCCCCGCCCUCCAACCUGCAGGACCAUACGCACCUUACACUCACCACACACAGGGCUACAGCAUGCCAUCUUACAACAUUAAAACAGAGGACGGCCUGAGUCACUCUCCGGGACAGACGGGGCUCCUGGGCUACUCAAACUUCAGCAGCACUCCUCCCAGUCAGAGUCUCUACAGCUACUCACACACACAUGGUGGUGGAAUUUCACCUGGAAUUUUUCAAGGCACCCAUGCAAUCUCCAGUUCAACCCCAUUCAAUCCUACCCAACAAGAAUUCUCGGCGUACUCAAGCUACAGUCAGAGUCAGUACUCCCCGUAUUAUAACUCACAUCACUACAACAGCCCCUACCUAACCAGCAGCAACAUCAGCCCUGCUGCCAUCACAGCGCCAUUAGCCUAUCAGCACCCAGAACACCCCGUCAUGCUGCCCAAUCAGAGCCCAGAGUCACAUACGGGCGAGUACCACCCACCGCCCAGCCCCCCCACACCAGGUAAAGAAGAGGGGGUUGCAGCACGGAGGGGGUCAGAUGGGAAGUUGAGGGGGAGGAAAAGAGUCAGUGACCCCGCUCCACCUCUGGACUCUGAUAUAGAGCGAGUGUUUAUCUGGGACCUGGAUGAAACCAUCAUCAUUUUCCAUUCGCUCCUCACGGGAACCUUCUCCUCACGAUUUGGCAAGGACUCCUCAAAGGCAGUUUCUCUUGGUUUGUGGAUGGAGGAGAUGAUCUUCAACCUGGCCGACUCACGACUCUUCUUCAAUGACCUGGAGGAAUGUGACCAGGUUCACAUUGAUGACGUGGCAUCAGACGACAAUGGACAGGACCUGAGCACUUACAACUUCGGGUCGGACGGCUUCCAGAGCCCAGCAGGGGCCGGCUCUCUGUGCCUGGGGUCAGGGGUCCACGGAGGGGUGGACUGGAUGAGGAAACUGGCUUUCCGAUACCGCAGAGUCAAGGAGAUCUACAACACAUACAAGAAUAAUGUUGGGGGUUUGCUGGGCAGCCCCAAGCGAGAGGAGUGGUUACAGCUGAGAAGAGAGAUGGAGGUCCUGACUGACCUGUGGCUGACUCAAGCACUCAAAGCCCUGGCUCUCAUCAGCUCGAGGCCUAACUGUGUGAACGUGCUGGUGACCACCACCCAACUCAUCCCAGCCCUCUCCAAGGUCUUACUGUACGGUCUGGGCUCAGCCUUCCCCAUAGAGAACAUAUACAGUGCCACCAAGACAGGCAAAGAGAGCUGCUUUGAGCGCGUCUCUCAGAGAUUUGGUCGGAGAGCAGUUUAUGUGGUGAUAGGAGAUGGAGCUGAAGAAGAGACCGUGGCCAAAAAGAAGAACAUGCCGUUCUGGAGGGUGUCGUGUCGGGCCGAUCUGGAAGCUCUAAGCCACGCACUGGAGCUGGACUACCUCUAGAGGGCGCCGGCUGUCACACUCUGCUCUUCCCAGUCCAAAUCAAGAAACGCUCCUGAAUGAUCCUGAGUGCGGCUGGCGGCUUGAAGGUGCCCCACCCCAGAGACUGACUCAAAGUCGGCACUGCUAGCUCGAGUGAGCACCCAGGCAGAGGACUCUGAAGCGAGGCUGCCGUAUAUAUGUGACACAUAAACGUGAAGCCAAAAGUGCUGGACCAAAAUAAAAAAAAUAAAAAAACAUAAAACAAGAGACCAAAGCUUCAUGACCAGGGAAAUGUGGUCAGUACUGCAAAUACUUUUUUUUUUUUUUUAAACAAAAAA